CUUAAUACAUGCAGCUCUGACACAGUCUAAACAAGCACAUGGUUCUCAGAGUGACUGAGUUUAAAACUAAGUAUGGCCUUGGACAACGUCACUCAGCUUGACAACGCCACGCUGGAUUUGUUUAAGGACAAGACAGCCAGUAAUGCUGUCUCUAUAUUAUAUAUCAUUGUCACGUUGAUCAACUUUCCUGGAAACGGCCUCUCUUUGUGGUUACUGGCAUUCCGCACUUCGCCCAAGACCCCGUCCAUCAUCUUCAUGAUCAACCUCACCAUCACUGAUCUGGCAGUAGGCUGUGCCUUGCCAUUCCAGAUCAUUUACCAGAGCAAUGGAUAUAACUGGAACUUUGGAUCUGGACUGUGCAGCGGGAUGACUGUUCUGUUCUAUGCCAAUAUGUACUGUUCUAUUCUGACCAUGACUGCCAUUAGCAUUGACCGCUACCUGGGAAUUGUUCGGCCCAUGCAGUUCAGGGAAAUGAAGCGUAGGAGGGAAUAUGCAAUAUCUGGAUGUGUGAUUAUGUGGGCAGUUGUAUUAUUUGCUCUGUACCCACUGGAGAGCACCGACCUAACUUUUGAGGUGAUUGACCUCAAUAUAACAACCUGUUUCGAUGUCCUCAAGAGAAACAUGCUUCCUACAAUGACAGACUGGGCUGUCUUUCUGUUUACCUUGUUUGUCAUUCUCUUUCUGAUCCCAUUCAUAAUAACUGUGUUCUGCUAUGUCAGCAUCAUCAAGUCACUUGUCAACAAGCGCUGUGUUAGUAACCAAAAGAGAAGAUCUCUGCACCUUGCUGUGCUAGUGUUGUUAGUGUUUAUCGUUUGUUUUGCACCAAACAACAUCAUUCUCCUGGCUCAUAUAAUUCGGAGGCUGUUCUAUAAUGGUUCCUUUUACAUGCAAUACAAGCUCUCUCUUUCACUAAGCUGCAUCAACAGCUGCUUGGAUCCCUUCAUUUAUUACCUUGCUUCCAGAGAAUUCCGGCGAAAGUUGAGGGGGCUUCUGGGAAUGAAAGUAAACAGCAGUGGGGAUACUCAGAGCUGCAUGUCAGACCAACACAGAGAAAGUAUUUUCUCUGCUCGAUCCAUGUCUCAGGCUAAUGGUGAUGAUUAUGAUCUUAAUCUUCCUAUGUCGACAAUUUAAAAAUGGAAAAUAAAUAUAUAUAUUAUAAUACUGUAUAUAUAUUGUAUUACAUUAUGGUAAUACUAAAUGUGUUUUGAAAAAAGAAAACAUUUUUGUCGGUUGUGUCUUGUGGUCUAUGCAAUGGUGAAAAAUAUUCCUGGUGGGGCCUUUUUUGCCGUAUUGAGUCAAGCAACCAUCCAAAUACCAACGCUCUGAUAAAUAGUCAGCAAUUAUUUAAUUAGCAUUAAAAAUCAACCGAUUAAUAAAUAAUUAAAAUUUUGGAUAUUCUAUUAGACAAGUUGGUAACUGAGUUGUUAAGACUGAGUUACUAAGUUUAACCAAGUUUUACCAGUAAGUUUCAUCAAAUUUUUACUUUAUUUUAGUGCUUUUGUUCAUUCUCAAAUAAAAAAAAAUCAAAAUGCAGCCUUAUCAUCAGAUUUCUGGCUGUCACUGACAGCACAUCAGCAUUACUUUUAAAAAAAUCUGAGAUUCUGCAUGUGUUAAACCCGAAACCUUUUUUGUGGUAAAUGUAUGUUCAUUAACGGUAUGACUUUAAGUAACUUACUGGAAGCUAUAACUGAAUGUGAAAUGCAAAAUCUGUGAAAAUGUGAAAUCUGAUGACUAAAAGUUUGUGUAUAGUUUUAUAUACAGCUCAGGAAGUUAGACAGUACUAUUUUUAAAGCUUUUUUUUUUAUAAUACUGUUUCAACAUUUCUUUUGGUUUUUAUAAUGAAAUCUAUGUAUGUGCCUGUAUUUUUUUAUCAGUUAUAAUAAAAAAGCACAAACUGAAAUAAUGUUUUCAGUUCUAAACAUGUUUCGUAAAACAAUUGUUAUUGUUGAAAGAAUGUAAUAAAAUAAUGUGUCUCCCAGA